AUGGGUAAGCAGAGUCCACCACAGGUGAACCAAGCCCACCACGGGCGAGCAGAGCCCACCAUGGGCAAGGAGAGCCCACCACGGGUGAACCAAGCCCACCAUGGAUGGGGCAUCCUCUUCUCCCACCCACGGGACUUCACCCCCGUCUGCACCACAGAGCUUGGCCGGGCGGCAAAGCUGGCACCUGAGUUCAGCAAGCGCAACGUGAAGAUGAUCGCCCUCUCCAUUGACAGCGUCCAAGACCACCUCUCCUGGAGCAAGGACAUCAACGCAUACAACGGGGAACAACCUGAGGAGAAACUCCCCUUCCCCAUCAUUGCCGAUGCGAAGCGGGAGCUCGCUGUCAAGCUGGGAAUGCUGGACCCAGAUGAGCGGGACAAGGACGGCAUGCCCCUGACUGCUCGGGUGGUGUUCAUUUUUGGCCCAGAUAAGAAGCUGAAGCUCUCCAUCCUGUACCCAGCCACCACUGGGAGAAACUUUGAUGAGAUCCUGAGAGUGGUGGACUCCCUGCAGCUAACGGCAUACAAGAAGGUCGCCACCCCUGUGGACUGGAAGCCUGGUGACAGCGUCAUGGUUGUGCCCACCUUACCUGAUGAGGAAGCAAAGAAGCUCUUUCCCAAAGGAGUCUUCACGAAGGACCUCCCGUCAGGCAAGAAGUACCUGCGUUACACCCCGCAGCCAGAGUGAGCGGCUCUGCCCAGCCAUCCCGCCGGGCGGCGCGUCGGUCAGUGUCGGGAGCCUUCCCCGUGCCCAGCUCCUGCCUCCCUGACACCGUGUGAUCAGCAGCCUCGUACCAUCACACUGACAGUGCAUCGCAAUACUAAACCAACCAGCCUUCCCCAUCCCUUUCAUCCCCCACAUCCCCUCCAAACUAAAACCCUGGGUGUUUUCUUGCCUUCAAUCAGCCCCGCAAGGAAGAGGUUAACAGAACAGGGGGGGCUCCAGGGCUC